GCUAAAAUUGAUAUCUAUUUCAUGUAUACAGAGUAUAAUAACAUAACCGCAAUCAACUAUUAGAACCGUAAUAAUAAAUAAUCUUUUAAAAAUAAACAAAUAUUGAUAGGAAAAAGAAACAUUUCUGUUUCAAAUGUCUUGUAAUUAUGCUGAUGGUUUAUCGGCUUAUGAACAUAAAGGAAUAUUAGGAAGAAAAGAGAAAUUUGAUACUGCAGAAGAUGUAGAAAAAAAGACGAAUAUUUUAACUGAAUGGAUGAAAAUUGCCAAUCAUAUUGUCGUACACACUGGAGCUGGAAUAAGUACAUCAGCUGGCAUUCCAGAUUUUAGAGGACCCAAUGGUGUAUGGACAUUGGAGAAGAAAGGAUUAAAACCUAAUAUUAAUAUAUCAUUUGACGAUGCUAUACCAACAAAAACGCACAUGGCGCUACAGCGACUAGUGAAAUUAGGAAAAGUUCAAUAUAUUAUCAGUCAAAAUAUUGAUGGUUUGCAUUUGAAAAGUGGCGUUCCAAGAGAUCAUUUAGCUGAAUUACAUGGAAAUAUGUUUGUAGAUCAAUGUGGAACGUGUGGAAGGCAAUUUGUAAGAAAUACAGCUACGACAAGUGUAGGGCAAAAAUGUUUAGACAUUCCAUGUAAAGGAUAUAAUAAAGCUGGAAGACCCUGCCGUGGAAAACUACAUGAUAAUAUAUUAGAUUGGGAACAUGAUUUACCUCAAUCUGAUUUAGAUUUAUCGUCCUUACAUUCAAGUGUUGCAGAUCUUAGUAUAUGUUUAGGUACCACAUUACAAAUAGUACCUAGUGGAAAUUUACCAUUACUAGCAAAGAAAAAUAAUGGACGGUUAGCUAUAAUUAAUUUACAACCAACUAAACAUGAUAGGAAAGCUGAUUUAAUAAUUAACACAUACGUUGAUGAUGUAUUCAAAAUAAUCAUGAAAAAUUUAAAUCUCGAAAUACCUGAAUAUUGUAUUGAAAAUGAUCCCACUAAACGAGUGAAUAAAUUAAUAGAAUGGACAAUUAAAAAUCCAAUUCCAAAAAAUAAAUUAGACGUCCUUAAAAGGGAUUUUAAUGUUAAAUCGUUGGGUCAUACGCACGUAGCAUGGGAAAAGCGUGCGACUAUGACAACUUUAUUAAUUUUUUUCCAAAGUAGUCUUACCGUUUUGACAUAA